AGCAAACUAAUGUUUUGUUUAGACCGGUUUUGACGGGGGCGAAAGUACCCAUGCAUUAAAUUUCUUACUAUUUUGUGAUUUUACAUCUAUCCAUUAUGAGUAUGUAUUAUGAAAGAAUAAAACAAUAGAAAAUUUUGUUGAUCAUUGAUGACGGUUCAAAAAAUCAGUUUAUUAAUUCAUUUUUAAAUUAGAAACUGUGCACAAGCUCUUAAACUUGGAAAUUUAAGUUCCUCUCAGAAAAACCUAGACAGAUCCCUGCUCAUGAUUCUUUUAUCAGUUGAUGUGGACUCCCAAGUUUCUGAAAAAUGAGGAAUCUGAUGUUGAUGAAUUAUUAUUUGUGAAAUAAUUUACACUUGAAGAAAAGGAACUGAUGACUUCUUUCCAAAAUGAUGUUUCACAACUUGAGAUGCCUGAUGUGUUCAUGGAAAUGUUUUUUCACCCUCUGUAUUUUAUGCACCUGUCUCAAUUUGUUACUCUUGAAUGUUUACUUGCGUUCAUUUGUGUAUCCCAAGGAGGUAGAUUGCAUCACAUACAGAAAAAAUCACAAGGAGGAUUUUAUACUUAAAGAGGACUUUCCGAUGAACACAAACCUAAUUACUAACAACACAAAAUGGUUUGCAGUUGCUGAGGAAUCAUAUGUUUACUCUGUAUAUCAUAGCAAAUGCCCCCCAAAAUUUGGUUUUAAUUACUGCAUACAAUUUAUUGGCAUUACAUUAAAUGCCACUGUUAGCAAUCAUAAACUAAACGGUCAUGUCUCCACAACAUAUAUUUCUUCCUUAAAAUGUGGCCUCAGAAAACAAUCCGUGACUUUCGAGGAAGGUCUAGUCUUCGUCGAAUUGAUGCCAGAAGGUCAUUUUUUACCAUAUACGGCUGCUUUUUUUUACUGUGACUUGAAAAGUAUGACAGAUAGUGAGUUAUUUCCGGAAUAUGUAACCAUAUAUGAUAAGAAACCUAUAAAAUGGUUUCCAAUUGAAAAAGUUACCUUUAAAGAGGAUUUUAAACUGCCAUCUUUGAGCUUGUGCGUUCGACCACUCUAUGGACAUUUCUCAAGUCUGUUUCUUCUUCAGUUUUUAUCAUAUUAUGUAUCUGAAGGAGUUGACCAGUUCAUCUUCUACCAUCAUAAUGUAUCGCAGUCUACUUUAGAGUUUCUGAGCUACAUUGCUGAUACUAGCAUUGUUAGCCUGACACUAUUACCUUGGAAUGUACCUCUGAGUAACAAUGAAGUACACGAGUACGGGCAGAUAGUUUUCACACAAGACUGCCUGGCGCGCAGCCGAUACAAGUACAGUCACACUCUGCUGGUGGAUCUUGAUGAAUUUAUUGUGCCAAAAGAACACAGAACUUUAGUCCAACUUGUUACAUAUUUAGAUGAAUAUUAUCCAUAUGGCGGAAGCUAUGUUAUACCAAAUGUAUUGUUUUGUGAAGAAUUCCAAACUGUGCCAAAUUUUUCUUUGCCUGCCUUAUACCAUGACCAGCGGCAGAAGACUCCUUGGGCGUACGGAUAUCGUUCUAAAUAUAUUGCUCGAGCACACAGAGUUAGGUAUGGAGGAGUACAUCAGGUUUGGGGCUUUGAAAAUGGAUACCAAGAAGUCAAUGUGCCUUCAUCUGUGGCAUUGCUGCAUCAUUAUAAGCCCUGCUGUGGCAUGCAACAGACAUGGUUUUUGCACCUCCUCUCUUUUAAUGUUUUAGAUGAUCAAAUCAUGACUGAUAAUAGCCUGCAUCAGAAUGGUGGACUUUUUAAUGAUACACUAAAUCAGCUAUUUCUGAGAUUAAAAGAUAACAUUUAACUUCCACAUACAGGUAUAUUAAAUGAUAAUUACUUUUAAAAAAACUUUUAAUUUAACUGUUUGAUUUUCAUUUUUUAAAGUUGAAAUCUUCAAUCAAUUCAGACAUGUUAUUUGAUAAAAUUAUUAAUAUUUAUGUAUAUUCUAAGCCUUCUUAAAUUUUUGUGAAGUUUAGUCUUUUUUAAGUAGUUUAAUGCUUGUUAAAUUUGUAAUUGAAUUAGCAAUUAAUUUUAAUUUAUAAUUGAAUUAGUUUCUAACAUGGUGUGUAGCAUUUCUAAAAAGUGCUUAAAGGGGCUUAUUUUCGUUUUUUAAAAGCCCUUAAAGGUUUUUUUUUGUGGAUGUUUUUAAAAAGUGCUUAAUUUUCCCUUUUCGAAAAUGAGAUUAUCAAAAAAGCAAUGCCGAUUUUUGCCAUUUAUUAUGUAAAAGCGUGCUUUUCAUAUUCAUGCAUUCAAUGUUUUUACAAUUCAUUCAACCACAAUCUAUUUCUGUGUACUGUUAGUCAUUACCAUAUGAAAGCGCCAAUCAUUUUACAUGUCUGAUGAAAUACUUACGAGUCCGCAUGUGUAUUUAUUAAGCUUGGUUCAGUGAGAUUAUUGCACUAUCAUGUGCAACUCUGCUGCAUUUUGCAAGAUAAUCUCAAUUUCAAGCUUCAUUUUCCACCCUCUGAUAUUGUAUCAAAAAAUCAUUUUAUAAUGGCUAAUAUAAUCAAGAAAAGACUUUUUUGUCAGAAACUAGUUAUUUUAUCAUGAUCAUGUAAAGUCUUUGAAAAUUAUUUUGUAUUUUUUUAAUGUGUAUAGUGCUUAAAAAUAUUUUUUGAGUGUUUAAGAAGUAUUUAAAAGGUGCUUAUAUUUUGUUGAAAGAUUUGGGUAUGCACCUUGUAUAAGUUUAUUUUUUUAUUGACUAUAUCAUUGCUUUUACAAUUCAAAUUUACUGUUUUUUUUGUUUUUUUUACGUUUUUCAGUUUAAUUGUUUUUUUAAAGUAAAACUUUGACAUUUUUUGAAUGUUUUGCUUUUAGAAUUCAGAACCACAUCUAAACUGCUAUGACGCUGUUUGUAGUCCAGUUAAAAGAAUUCACCAAGUCAAACAGCGCAGUCUUCUAAAUUUAUACUUAUCUGUGAUAAUUAGAAUUUUUUAUAAGUAUACCUUGAGAAAAUUUAAUUAAGAUACAGCCUGAAACUAAAAAAAAAAAACACUUAAAUUUUUUUUAUUACUUUUAAGUUAAUUAAAGGAAAUUUAAAUAAAUUUCGAAUUUUAACAAUCUGAAUUGUUGAAUUUUAGUCUUAAAAUUAUGUAAUACUGCAUUUCUGUACUAAUAAAUCUUAAUAUAGGAUGGAACGAGACUAAACUAUGAAUCGAUUUUUGUAUGUACUGAAUAUAUUUUUAUGUUAUGUAGUUAUUAAAAAAAAAAACCAUAUUCUGUGAUGAUGAACAUUUGUACUUCUACAUGGUUUCAAUAUAUUAUUUUUACUGUUGUA